CAUUGUUGGAUAAAUGACAGAGUAAUUUUUAUUUCUGUGUCAUUCUGUACCAAAUAAUUUCAUAAAUAAAGAGCCCCACCGAGAGUGCUAUCCCGAUAAGGAACACCUUCAAAGGUCCAUCAAAAUGAGAGAGAUUCAACGGAAUCGCCUCAUCUCCAAGUACAUACUCGAUUCCAUCGAUAUCUUCAUUUAUCCAUUUAGCAAUGAUUCCUGCCUGCAUCAAUCGUUCGAGGCCCUUAUCAAAAUUCCACACAUAUGGGAAGCCCUUCCUCACGAAAAUCGUCUGCCAAUACUCUCCUACGACGUCAUGCAUACAAUAAAUGUAUCGGGGAUUGUCAUCAACCGUUUCAGGAGUACUCGACCGAUUAUAUGGAGAUGUUACAGGGAGAUCACUGGAAGAGUUCAUCACCAAGAACUGAUACUCAUCAGCCAUCACAGGGAGAUCACUAUUCGCUAGUUCCGCUAUUGUCUCCAGCCCCGUGUAGAACACAGGAUUCGUUAUUUCGUAGUAAAGACGACUCUGCUGAAAACAUACCAGCAAAAACGUAAAUAUAAUCCAACUGAUGCCAUAUAUUCUAUCAGGGACCGUAGAACCUAUUCCGUAAAAGUGAUGUUGAAUUAUCAAUCUGAAGGUAUUCAGAACGGGCGCAUCGAUACCC